UAUCUAAGAUAGUUUGUGGGGGUGUACAUUUAGUUGAAGUGUUUGUUAUGGCGUCGUCGGAUCGAAAGCUAAUUGUGGUCUCCGGAUUCGGACCAUUCGUUGGCCACGAAACCGUAAACGCAAGCUGGGAGGCUGUGAAACUUCUCCCGGAAAUCCUCACCCACAAUGGCGUAGAAUACGAUCUUGAGAAGCGCUUGGUUUCAGUGGAAUACGCUGCUGUGGACGAGGCCGUGGAGGAGAUAUGGAAACGCCAGCCAGAUCUGGUCAUACAUGUCGGCGUUUCGGCCAUUGCACAGUGUGUCUACGUAGAGAAGCUGGCAUAUAAUCACAAGUUCAUCAGAGGGGAUAAUUCCGGACAAAAACUGCCCAACGGAAGUAGCGAACUGCCGAACAAUGGGCAUGCAAAUGUCUUGCGAACCGAACUCGAUGUCGAUAAGAUUGUGGCGGCUGUAAAUGAGAGAUGCGACCAGUGUGUAGCCCCCAUUAAGGCACCCCAUAAAGAUAAUCUCAAGCCCCUGGGCGCUACGAAGGCAUCCAAAAACGUUGGCAACUUUCUCUGCGGCUAUAUCUAUCUGAAAUCCCUCGAUAUGGACAAAAGGCGAAGUCUAUUCGUUCAUGUGCCGCCCAUAAACACACCAUUUAGCAGUGAGAAAACCGCUGAGAUAGUAUUUGCCAUAGUCGAACAAUGCGUUCAACAGGUGGCCGCCUGCGACUCUUGAAUUCCGCAUUUAAGUAUGCAUUUUAUUGUAUUCUUCCACUGUCUUUAUUUACUGUUAAAACUUAAAUUAAAUGUUGUUUAAUAAAUGGAUUUUUAUUAAUAUUUUA